AUGUCGACGGGAAACGUGAACCCACUGCCGACUGGGUUACCAAUUUCAGACCCUCUUAACCCCCUCGGCGCGUCACCGUUCACUGCGACCAACGCAUUCGCGGGUGAGUUCUUAGGCCUUCCCAUGCCCGACGAGGAACAUCUGUGGGGUAUCAGUCCCAUGUCCCCAACCAUGGCCAACAGCGGCUGGGACCCCAAAGCCGAUGCCAUAGCCUUUGCCAAUUCCGCACUGGAGCGGGAUCUCAAAAACUCCCAAGUCCGCAAUGGUCAACCUACCCCGCCACCAUACGAGGACCAGUACACCCGCGAAUCCUCCAGACUAGAUGUGAGCAGCGCAAGCAAGCGCCGCCGUGCACGGGAGUACCAAACCGCCACGGAUAGUCUGAGCCCGGACCUGGAUCCGGACGAGGCAUUGCCGUAUCAAGAGCGUGCGAAGCGGGCCAAGUUCCUGGAGCGAAACCGGCUGGCUGCGAGUAAGUGUCGACAGAAGAAAAAGGAGCACACGCAAGUGCUGGAGGUUCGAUACAAGGACGAAUCCGAGAAGAGGGAGCGAUUGGUUGGCGAGAUUGCGCGGUUGCGCUCGGAGAUUUUGUGCUUGAAGAAUGAGGUCUUGAAGCAUGCGCAGUGUGGCGAUGAGCCUAUCAAGUUGCAUCUUGCGCAUAUGGUGAAGAAGAUUACGGAUAUUGAUGGUCCGGCUCCGGCUGCUUCGGUCGUCACGGUGGCUGCGAGUUCGCAUUUGGAUAUGAUGGAUAAUAUGACUUCGCCUAUUGCUCCUACCCCGACACCGACGUCUGGUCGGUCUCCGACUCAAUCUCAGUCUCAGACUCAGACUCAGCCACCGGUGUCGUCUGUCUCGUCGGCAUUGUCGUUUGGAUUCGAUGAUCCGCUACAGCUGGAACCGGCGGCUGCGGCUGCAGCUGAAGCAUUCGAGCAACAGCUUCGGAGGGACUCCGAGACUUCUUUGGUGACUGAAUCGUCAUAUGGGUUUCCCGCUGACGAUAAUUUUGACGAAUUGAUCAACGUUUGA